UUCUGCACUGCACAGUGGAAACACACGUGUGGGGAACAUGGCGGCGCCCUUUAGGACGGUGUGUCGGCCAUUACUGAGAAUAAUAAAUGGAUCAGGGACAUUAAACUUAGGGGUACGAAAUUUGUCGUCUUCUAAGAAUCAGUGUUGCGCGCAAAGUCUCAGAACAGUGAGUGCUGCAUCUCCCUGGGCGCUGCAUGGAGCUGUAUGUCUUCAGAGGCUGCCAGUGAUCUCUCAAGACAGGAACCCCCUAGAGGAGAAGUUCAUGGAGCUAAUGUAUCAGAUGGAGUUAGAGAGAAGUCUGCUUUCAGACCAUGAGUUGAGACUCAUGGAGGAUGCAGCACGUAUGAGUCGGAAACAGGAAGAGGACUAUGAUUCAGAUGAGGAGGAGGAUUAUGGAGGCAAAGAAAUUGUUACGGCACAAGAUCUGGAGGAUACAUGGGAACAGAAACUGAAGCAGUUUCAACCUGCUCUGAGGUCCAAUGGUGUUGACAAGACAGAUGUGAGUUCUUCAGAGCGUUGUUUAGCAGACAGCCUGAUCUUGCUGGUGAAAAAGGAUAUUGGCAGUCAAAAGCUCUGGCUCUUGCCUCAGAUACAGUGGCAGACUGGUGAGACGCUUCGACAGACAGCCGAUCGUGCCCUUGCAAGUCUACCAGGUGCAGAUCUGAAGGCUACUUUCCUUGGCAAUGCACCCUGUGGAUUUUACAAAUACAAAUACCCAAAAGACAUUCAAAAGGAGGGCAAUGUUGGAGCCAAAGUGUUUUUCUUCAAAGCUGUGCUGUCCAGCCAUAAGCACUUACCCAUGGAGAAAAAAUCAUUUGCCUGGGUGAAAAAAGAUGAACUCCAGGAUUUCCUGAAGCCAGAGUACCUGAAACAAGUCAACCGUUUCAUAAUGGGUCUGUAAUAUUUGAAGAAAUGGAUAUGAUGGAAAAUAUGAUAGGGAAUGGACUGUGAGUGUAGGUUAUUUAGGACAUGGAUUCCAAGAUUUUGGACCCUAGAACUUAUCAGAGAAUGACAACAAACAAAAUGGGUGUUGCUCCAAUUGUCACCCACGUUAUACAGUAUCAGUACUGUUUUGAUCAUUUUUAGCCCAGACAAUUUGAUGUUGUCACUGUCUUUGUGUAUUUAUGUCUGUGGAUGUUAUGAUUGAGUUUAUUGAUCUUGCCGUCACUAUGAAUAGAAACCGCUUUCUCAGCAAGUGUGUGCAAAAUUAAAAAGGGUCCAGUUUUUCA